AGCAGCCUUUCGACCUACGCAGCAGCAAUGGACUACCAGAAUCGAGCAGGCUCCAAAUUCGGCGGUGGCGGAGUCGCGUCGCACUCCGCCACCAACGCCGACAGACGAGAACGACUCCGUAAGCUCGCACUCGAACACAUCGACCUCGCGAAAGACCCCUACUUCUUCAAAAACCAUGUCGGAAGCUUUGAGUGUCGUCUCUGUCUCACCGUUCACCAAAACGACGGCUCCUACCUCGCUCACACCCAGGGGCGCAAACAUCAGACCAACUUAGCCCGCCGCGCAGCACGGGAGCAAAGAGAAGGCCGGGCUCAGGAUGGAUCCGGCGGUGCUUUGCCUGCGGGCAAUAUGGGCGUACAGGUGAAGCGCAACACAGUCAAGAUCGGACGGCCGGGAUAUAAAAUCACCAAGAUCCGAGAUCCGCUUACGAGGCAGCAUGGUUUGCUCUUCCAGCUUCAGUAUCAGGAGAUUACGCCGGGCGUUAAGCCCAGAAUACGAUUUAUGUCUGCCUUUGAGCAGAAAGUGGACGACCCACCGGAUAAGGAUUAUCAGUAUUUGCUCGUUGCUGCGGAACCGUAUCAGACGUGCGGGUUUAAGUUGCAGGCGAGAGAGGUUGAUAGGAGAGAAGGGAAGCUGUGGACGUGGUUUGACGAGGAUAGCAAGGAAUUUUGGAUUCAGCUGUUGUUCAAGACUGAGCGUGAAGAGAGGUACAGUGGUGUUCCUGGAUUGGCACCGGCUAGUACCCGGCGAUGAGAUGUGAUCUGGAGUUUGUUUACAAUUUGUUACUGGGACGGCCCUGGGAAUUUGUCGUGGCGUUAAUGGGCAUGUGUAAUACUAUAUAACGGUGUUACUUUUAAGAAUGGACUUUUUUUACGGUACCUGAGAUUGGUAUAAAGUUGAUUGAUGACUCGUAGGUUCAUGUUGUCAUAUGGGUAGAAUUGUCAACCUAGCUGAAUCUCUAUCUUGCUAUAGGGUCUCAAACCCGUAGUAACGCAACGGUGUAGAGGUAUACAAUACCACAGUAUUAGCCGAGAAAUCCAUCAACAUGGUCAAAAAUCCGCAAAGGCCAGGUCAUCAUACGUAUUUUUUUUUUUUUUUUUCAA